AUGGAGCCCGAGGCGGCGAUGCUGUCGCAGCUGCAGCUGCAGCUCCUCGCCCUCGUCUCCGAGUUCCGCCUUCUCCGCGAGCGGGAGCGCGGCGCCCGUGAGGAGCUCCGCGACGCCGGCCAGAGGUGGGAGGCGGCGGCGGAGGAGCACCGUAGGGAGGCCCGGGAGCUGCGCGCGGAGGUGGCCGCGCGGGACGACUCGAUACGGAGGCUCGAGGCCAGGAUAAAGUGCCUUGAGAAUGAGAAUGAGCUGCUGGAGAAAAACGAAAACAACUUGAAAGAAAGCAUGGAGGUGCUGCUUCAAUCAAGGGAGGCUUUCAUAAAACACUAUGAGGACUCUACUUGUUCUAUGCAAUGGACAAUCCAGAUGAAGGACAAACAGAUUGCUGUAAUUUCGGAGAAAUUGAAUUCACAUCUUGUUUUGUUUAGUUCGGUAGAAAAGGAAGUUGCUGCCAUGCAACAAGUACUAGGUGAUGUGCAUUGUCUGGUUGGUGAGAAGGAAAAUGUAGUUGCUGACUUGAAGGAUAAAGUCCAAAGGAUUUCUGUGCUUGAGAAAGAUUUUGCAAUGCGUUUGGAACUUCAUAAUAUGGAAAUUGCUUUACAGAAAUUUCAAGAUUUAUUCAGUAGUAUUGGGAAUGAGGGAAUGAAGAGUUUUUCAGCAAUUUCUGAAAGUCCGGGCAUACAGGAUGUGAAUAAUGAGCAGCUUGAAAGGAUUCCAGGUUCGCAAUGUGGUCUAGCAAAUGAGCAUACCUCGGUAAGUGCAGUUGUCAAAGAAGCCACCACACAAAAUGUAGACCACCAGUUGGAAAUUGAUCCAGGUAGCAUGCAAGUACAAAGCCCAGUGCACUUCAAGUCUGGUGCCUUGCCAUCUCCGGAGCUAGUAUCUGCGAAUACAGAAACAGGCGACAGCCUUCUUGAACCCAAAGGAGACAUUGACAUGGGCGGUUUAUCUCCUGCACGGCCGACAGAUUGUUUGAAUCUGGAUCCUGACACGGAGAAUCAGUCCUGA